AUGGUCUCGAUCCGCCCAGCGACGAUCGAUGACUUACCUGGUAUGCAGGCAUGCAAUCUUUGCUGCCUACCCGAGAACUACCAGAUGAAGUAUUACCUCUACCACGCCCUGUCGUGGCCGCAGUUGCCACAGGUAGCAGUGGAUAGCCAGAACCGAAUCGUUGGCUACGUCCUUGCCAAGAUGGAGGAGGACACGGAUGAAGUCCACGGCCACAUCACCUCCCUCGCGGUCAUGCGAAGCUACCGCCGACUUGGGAUUGCCACAGCCCUAAUGAGGGCCUCCAUAGCCACCAUGGAGCAGUGCUUUAACGCAGAGUUCGUGUCCCUUCAUGUCCGCUAUACCAACAGAGCAGCCUUCUCCCUGUAUUCGGAGACCUUGGGCUUCGAAAUUCAAGACAUAGAGGAGAAGUACUAUGCAGACAAGGAGGAUGCAUACGACAUGAGGAAGACGCUCCGAGCGGGCCUGGAGAAGCAGGAGGCCAGUAAAGGCAAGAAGAAGAGCAAGGAGAAGGAGAAGGAGGCAAAGGAGAAGGAGGCCGCCGAAGCUGAAAAGGCCGAGGAGCCCUCAAAGGAAGAGGAGAAGGGUGAGGAGAAGACCGGUGAAAAGGCCGAAGAGACGGAGGACGCCAAAAAGAAGCGAAAGAAGAAGAACAAGAAGUGA